AUGUCGGUGCUGGUGGAGUCCGGCGGGGCCCGUCCCAGCCCCGAAGAGGUGGUGGCGCAGACGAGGCUGCUGAUGCAGGGCCUGGAGGCUCUGCGGGCCGAACACCGCAGCCUGGCCGGGCAGCUGCUGGAUGGCCUGGGUGGAGGGAUGCUGUCCGGCGGGACCCCCGGACCCUCUGAGCCCCCCGAGCCCGGCCGGGCCCUGCUACUGGAGCAGCAGGAUGCACUGAGCCACAUCCUGGAUGACCUCACGCUGGGGCUCGGGGAGGCCCAGGUACUGCUGGCUCUGAGCGGGCACCUGGGUGCGGUGGAAGCAGAGCGGCGAGGGUUGCGGGCGCAGGAGCUGCGGUUGGCACAGGAGAACGCAUGGCUGCAGGAGGAGUUGGAGGAGGCGCGGCGGCGGCUGCAGGGCAGCGAGGGCACGGUCGCCCGCCUGGAGGAGGAGAAGCAAAUCCUGGUGGCCCAGGGGCAGCAGCGCCGGGCCUCCGUGCUCCAGCAGCAGGCCGAGCCAGAGCAGCGGUCCCCCCCACACGACAGCCUGAGGCCCCCGUUUCCCAGCGAGGAGCAGGAGGAGGAAGAGCAGACAGGCUCGACAGCGGUCCAGCAGGGGGGCUACGAGGUCCCUGCCCGGCUGCGGGAGUUGCACACGUUGGUGGUCCAGUACGUGGGGCAGGGCCGCUACGAGGUGGCGGUGCCGCUGUGCCGCCAGGCGCUCGAGGAUCUGCAGCGCAGCUCGGGACCCGGACACCCGGACGUGGCCACCCUCCUCAACAUCUUGGCCCUCGUGUACCGCGACCAGAACAAGUACCGAGAGGCCACGGAACUGCUGCUGGACGCUCUGAGGAUCCGGGAGGUGGCACUGGGCCCCGAGCACCCGGCGGUAGCGGCUACUCUGAACAACUUGGCGGUGUUGUAUGGGAAACGUGGCCAGUACCAUGAGGCCUUGCCCCUGUGCCAGCGGGCCUUAGAGAUCCGGGAGAAGGUCCUGGGCGCUGCCCACCCAGACGUGGCCAAGCAACUGAACAACCUGGCGCUGCUGUGCCAGAACCAGGGCCGCUUCGAGGAGGUGGAGCAGCACUUCGGCCGGGCCCUGGCCAUCUACCAGGCGCUGGGUGCCGCCCAGGACUCCAACGUGGCCAAGACCAAGAAUAACCUGGCCUCAGCAUACCUCAAGCAGGGCAAGUACCGACAGGCGGAGGAGCUGUACAGGGACAUCCUGAGUGGGCAGGAACUCCCAGCCCCGCUGGGGAAGCCUGUGGCCGCCCAGCCUGGCAUAGACCAAGAGCCCCAGACCGUGCCCUUGCCACGCAGCGGGUCCCUGUCAAAGCUGCGGGACACGAUCCGACGCGGGAGCGAGAGACUCGUGUCCCGACUCCGGGGCGAGGGAACCACAGCCAGUCCGGCAAGUUUGAAGCGGGCCGUGUCCUUGAAUGCACUCAGUGUCUUGCCAGGCCGAGCCCAGCCCACCCAGCCACCGGAAGACCACCGCAGCCGCCUCCGGGAGGGCCGGGGACUGAGCCACAGCUCCUUGGACCUGUGUCUCGGCGGUCCCCAUCCCGUUCCUGGCUCGGGCUAG